AGUAGCAGGAUAAUCGAUGAAAACGAAAGUGCAGGAGCGUCGUGACGUUAUCAAUGCGCGUUCGCUUCAUUUGCGAAUAUUGUGCGUAUCUGUCGGAUGCUUAUUGCCGGAUCACCGAGAGCGAGGCGUAAUUAUCGGGCGAUCGGAGUGUCGUGCCCUCGACGUUCUCUAAUAAAACCGACAACCAGAUCUGAAUUUCGUGGGGAGCCACGCCCGUGCAACUCGCCCGUGUUCCCCCUCGAGCGACUGUCCUACCUCUCCUUUGCGCCUCCUUUCUUAAUCAUUUCCCACAAACAAGUCCCAUAUACCGCCUCCCUCUCCCAUCGGCCAUGCCCAAUCACCUCGAGCAAGGUAGAUGCCCAAAAUUCGAUUGAACCCCCUACGGCCUCACCCGCGUAUAAAUAGUGGCCGACAGCUACCAUUUCGGCAGAGACCCAGUAGUUGUUCCGCUUCAGACCAACAAAAUGGCAUUCAAGUUCGUAGUACUCGCAGCGUUCGUCGCUGCGGCCAGUGCCGGUGGACCGGCGGCCUACGACAUCGGCACGGUGUCCGCCGACCACGACAGCAUCGGCUACAGCCAGGAGUCGACGCAGAAGGGCUACGCCGGGCAGAACGUGGUGUCGACGUACAGCCGCGCCGAAGACUCGGCGCACUCGUCGGUACGCGUGAGCAACAGCCACGUGAGCAACGACGCCCUGCUGGAGCCGCACGCCAUCGGCUACGCCGGCUACGGCGGCUACGGCGGCUACAGCUACGCCGCGCCGGCCUUGGCCAAGCCCCUGAUCUCCGCGCAGCCGGUGCUCGCCAAAGCCGCUUACGCCGCGCCAGCCUUAGCGACGUACGCCGCUCACCCUGCCCCGGUCCUCGCUAAGGCCGCGUACGCCGCCGCACCCGCUUACGGCUACGGUUACGCCGCGCCCGCCGCCGCACAUGGUUACGGCUACGGUUACGCCGCGCCCGCCGCCUACGCCAGCUACGCCAGCCCGCUCCUGGCCAAGACCUACGCCGCCCCGGCGCCGCUCAUCGCCAAGACCGCCGCGUACACCACCUACGCCGCGCCGGCAACCCCCGUGAUCGCCAAGACCGCCUACGCCCCUUACGCCUCUUACGCCGCGCCGAUCGCCGCCGGCCCGGUCGUGACCAAGACCGCGAUCGCCGCCGCGCCGGCCCUCGCGUACGCCGCUCACGCCGCCCCGGUGAUCGCCAAGACCUACGCCGCCCCUUACUCGUACGAGACAGCCGCGCCCGUGGUCCACGCCACCUUCAGCGGCUUCGGCACCAGCUACGCCUGGUAA